CGCCGAGGGACGCGUAUCUACUGCCUGUCGCUCGUCCUCGCCUCCCGCAGCAAUGGCAUCGGGCGAGUCCCACUGGGAGGAGUUCUAUUUGGGAUCGCGCAAGUUACAGUUUGUGGCAGAUGGGCUGGGAAUGCCCAUCGAUCAGGUCAACUUCGUGUUUGGCCAGCUGAUGGCCUUAUUGCUGGCCUACAUAUUCAGAGUGUAUCUCCAUCCGUCCCGCGUGUCGGCUGCAACGCGUCACUGGGGCUCUCUCCUGGCGGGGCUGGGCAUCUCCUAUUUCUGUUUCGGAAAACAGGUGUUGCUUGCCUUGGCUCUUGUGGUUGGGUGUUAUCUGUUGAUGCUGCUUCUCCCAAUAACACUGCUGCAUCAUGUGACCCUUGCGUCGUCUAUCACCUUCCUCUCUGUGAUGCACAUACAACGGCAGCUGUAUGAGGAUGGGGUCUUUGUUAUUGAUGUGACAGGUCCCAUGAUGAUUAUGGUGCAGAAGGCAACAUCGCUGGCAUACAGCUUGCAUGACGGAUUGUCAGGGCUGAAAGAUGAAGAACUCACCCAGCUGCAGAAGGAGAUGGUGGUUAGGAAGAAACCAACAGCUUUGGAGUAUUUUGGAUAUAUGCUCAACUUCCAUUCCAUCCUGGCUGGGCCCUACUUCAUGUUUGCUGACUACCAGGAUUUCGUUGAGGGGACCCACUAUGCCAAGAGAGCUCUCCAGACUGUUGUUCCUGCGAGCUCUCUGGACAGCAACAGGAACAAGAGUCCCUCAGAAAGCAAGCUCGCUGACACUAAACUCAACACCAGGCCUGAGGAUGAACCUAACCCCACUCCAGUUGCCAUGUACAAGGCUCUGGUAUCAGCGUUCAAUGCCUUUGUUACUGUAUAUUUUCUGCCAAAAUUCCCCAUUUCCUUUAUCACAGAUCCCAAGUUCUUCCAGAUGAACUUCUUCUCCCAGACGUUUUACAUCCUUGCUGUGACCUCUCUCACACGUCAUGUCUACUACACGGGCUGGAUGUUGGGAGACAGUAUAUGUAACAUGUCUGGGAUGGGAUUCAACGGGUACAAUGCUGAUGGACAGCCGCAAUGGAACCUCGUCUCCAAUGUGGAUAUUCUUGGGGUCGAGUUUGGUCUAAGUCUGCGCGACACUCUGGAAGCCUGGAACAGCGGAACCAUGAAGUGGCUGCGCUUCAUGGUGUAUGAGAGGGCACCUACUCAGAAGACACUCUUCACGUACAUGCUGUCCUCCAUCUGGCAUGGCUUCUAUCCAGGAUAUUACAUCACCUUUGUGAGUGGAGCCUUCUUCACCAUUGCUGCAAGAAAUGUGAGGCGUUCGGUACGACCAUACUUUAUGACAAGAGGACCUGUGCUAAAGAAGGUCUAUGAUCUUCUCACGUGUGUUACCACACGCUUGUGCCUAGCCUACUUCACAUUUCCCUUCAUCUUGCUGAGAUUUUGGGGCAGCAUUGCAGUCUACAGAGAAAUGUUCUUCUUCCAGUUCUGGCUGGGAGCCUUUGCUAUUAUUGUUUUGCCAAAAAUCCUCCCUGUCCCGUCACGAAGCUCUUCCAAGAAUCCCAAAGAGCACCUCAAGUGUCAGUAAAUGGCAACAUCUUUGCUGCAAAGGACUCCAUCAACAUACUUGAAAUAGAAGACACUCAAAUUAGAAGCCUCAUUUUAAGACACUCACAGAUACCAAAAUAUAUGUUGCUGUAGUCUUAUUUAGUGUCUGUGUAGUAGUCAUUGGUUAGGUCUCCUCAUUUGCUCUCAUCAGUGUCUUGUCAGUGAUUAUACCCUAAUUAUAAAGUCUCUUGUGGGAUUAAUGUUCAUUUUUGAAAUCAGAUUUGAUAUUGCUCCAAUGCCUUAUGAAAUAUGAUGUAAACAGUGGAAUGGCUAUGGUUAGUUUAGCUUUUUUGCAGAUGAACAUGACAUUGUAAUUCUUUUUAUGUGAUUGGAUUUGUAUUGACAAUCUUUAGUGUUUUAUAAUUAUCCAAGUUUUUUAUAUUUGGUUUUGUUGGUGUAUUACCAUGUGUUUUUCUGUCAUACUUUUGGCAGUUCAACAACUAUUCCUCAGUGUUUGUUCCAAGCUAAUGGUUAUAUUAAGGUCAGAGUGACAUUUUGCCAUUUUUUGGUAAUGGGUUUUAAUUUUACUAAGGCCAUUGAGUCUCACAUGGUCAUUAAUUAGUGUAUUAAAAGUAUGCUCUGCAUUUGUGUGCUUGCAUGCUUGUGGAUUUUAUUCCGUGUUCAAAGCUAAAUUAUUUUUUAUUCUGUGAGAUUUUGCUGUACUAUUUAGGGAGAUUUUGUCAGUUUUCAAAGCAACGAUGUCCUUUUGGUGUUAGCAAGAGAUCUCGGUUUUCUACUUUUUCCUUUGUCUUUCUUUUCAAGUCGACUGUCUUUCAGUGCUAAUGUAAAGGAAACCCAUGUUAUUUGAGGGGAGUGUAUGGGCCUUUUGUUCUUUCAUUCUUUCUUUCUUUUUUUUUUCUUUUUUCCUUUUUUUUUUUUUUUUUUUUUUUUUUUCUUAAAGUAUAUGUGUAUAGGCAGCUUUCUUUUGAUGAGUGAAUAGUGUCAUUCUACAAAUCUCUCUUAUUUUGUCUGAACUUCUUUUUGUAAGUUAGAAGUUCCUUAGGCUAUCAGAUACUAUUUUUAGACUAUGGAAAACAUUUUAUUAAAUUAUUUUUUUCCCGUAGGACUUUCAACCCCUUUCACUUUUGUGGUAAAAAUUCAGUCUGGUUUAUGUUGCAUAGUUAUAUACAUUUUUGGUUAUAAAUGUAAUAAGAAAAGUCAAUAUGCAAGAAGUAAGGUGAAGCAUGUAAUGUUAAUUAUGAAAGUUUUUUUUUUUUUUUUUCUUUUCUUUUUUUUUUUUUAUAAACAUAGAGGACUGUUAGGUAAUCAUGCAAUGAAUGGACUAGCCAGCCUAAAAAAUAGUAUGAUAUUUAAAAUAUAUUUUUUCUACUUCAUAUUUCCUCAUUGUUUGAAAUGAAGAUUGUGCAUUAUUUUUUAUUUAUUUAUUUGUUUUUUAUCCUCCUCCUCCCCCCCCCCCUUUAUUAGUCUUAGUCCAGUGUGACAGCUGAUGAAUGUUAGUAGUAGAAGUAGCAUUGGUAAUGUGAAUGCCAUUGGUUUUGUGAAGUUAGUAUUUGAUAUUUGUUUUGUGAAGGCCACUCCCUUUUUAGUGCAAGACAAUGGCAAAAUAAAUUAAACUGAAAAUGACAGAGAAGUGUGAGGUUGUGAUUUGUUUUAUUGUUUGUUUGUCUAUGGUAUAGGGAAAUUGUAAAGUUGCAGAGCUGUUAAAAAAAAAAGAAACAAAAAAAGAAAAAUUUAGAGAGAGAUAGAGAAAAAAAAGUUGAUUUUACAUUUUGGAACUAUGAAAUAUUUUGAGCUUUUCCAAAUAAUUUGUUAUAAUGAAAAGACAGAUGCAGUUAUUUAUUUUGUUUUCAAGCACAAGGUGAAUUUUCAUUUAGCACAACUCAUAUGUAGUUUGUGUAAAUCAGAGGAAUAAACUAGAACCUUGAGACAUUUAACAUGAAGGUCAUUAUUGUUUGGGAUCAUAAAAAAAUAGAUAUAUGUCUGUAUAUUUUUUACUUUUUGAAAUGUAACAUUAAUGGUGCUAAUAUUCAUCAACGAACAAAUGUAGCUUAAAAUUAAUCAAUGAGGUUAGGUGUUUAUUUUUGCCAAUGUAAUAGUAGGGUUGUUUUGUGAAUGUCCAUGUUUAAAAAAACCCUUGAAACAGGGUUUGAAUCUUGUUCUAAAUUCUUAAAAAAAAGAUAAAUGUAUGAAUAAAUAAAAACAUAAUCAAAUAAAAUGUAUGACUUGUGUGGCCUAUAAUAUUAAAAGAUUUUGGCCAUGGGAUAGAACCUCUUGAGAAAUGAGUGGUGGGAAAGUGAGGAACUGUAAGGAAGCUUUAGAACUGUUUGUUAAGUAUAGUUUUAUAAAAUACUUCGGCUUGCUUGUUAAGGUGACAAUUUUGAAUCAACCGUCUCUUGGUGCAUGGCAGCAUCAAAGGGAGAUUUUAUGAAAUGUGUAGUAAUGUUUGAAAUAUAGAUUUAUUGAUUUUCUCUCAGUUCUCAUCAUUGCCUUUGCUAGUUAUUAGGAUUUAUAUAAGUUUUCACACAUUGAAUCAAAAGUAUUUGUUAAUGGAUUAUAAGUUUCCUGCUAAAAUCUGAGCAGUACUUCAGCUAAGUCUCCUUGUUAUAGUUCUGAGAUAGAUUUGUGCUUUCAGAUAAAGGAAUAAAUAAAAUCUUAUAUUCAAUAAUUGGUUUAAUAUAUUAUAGGCUGACAAUCAAAUUAGAAACAUAUGUAUUUGUCUUAUUAAGCUGUGAUUGUGUUGUGUGUUGAUAUCACAUUUCAUUUUCUUGAAAGAAUCUUCAAAGCAGUAAAUGUGUUAAAGAGCUUUACCUAAUCCAACACUAAUAUUGUAAACAUUUUUGUAUUCUGUAAUUGCUUCUUAUUACUUUUUUUUAUGCCUUUUCACUAUAUACACCAAAUGUUUAACAAUAAUUGCCUUGGUUAUGGUGUGUGACUUGACUGUAGAAUCCUUUUUGGAACUGUUAUCACUAAAAUGUUUAAUGUGAUUCUUUUGUACUAAUGUUUUUUAUUUUUUUAUUUUUACUUUCCGUCUCAUUCAGAACCUCUUCCUUCUCUUCCCAUCUGUAUUGUAUCUUUUUCUUAUCAUUAAUUUUUUCAUAAUGUAAUUUGUUUUUUCUUUAGCUUAGGGCAGUAGCAUGUCCAAAACAAGAUUUUUUUUUUUCAAAAAGCAAAAUGAAAGAAAAUAGGGAACUCAGUUCUCAUCAUAGUCCCUAUGAAGAGAUUCUCUAGCCUAUUGAACUGAAAAUUAAAUAAACCAAUGUAAAA